AUUCCACCAGAGGGCCACCAGAGUCUGUAUCAGCGUAUCAGUUGGUUGAAAGAUAACCUCAUUGAUAAACUUAAAACGGUUCUUCUACGCAAUUUUAUGAACGCUGGGCUCUUGCAGUUUUUGUUUUCUUUCCGACAGGUUUGUGAAAAAUUUAAUGAAAUGAUGCCCAGUAAUAUUCGCACAAUGAGAAUGGCGAAAGAAAUUAAAGACUUGACAAGAAAUCCUCCUCAUGGAAUCACCUGCUGGCCCAAAAAUGACAGAAAUGAUCUUUUGGAAGCUAUUGUGCAAGGUAGUGAAGAUACUCCCUAUGCAAAUGGCAGCUUCAGAAUUGACAUAGUCAUUCCAGAACGUUAUCCAAUGGACCCACCUCAGUUGAAGUUUUUGACAAAGGUGUAUCAUCCCAACAUUGACAAUGUCACUGGUCUAAUUUGUCUUGAUGUUCUGAAGAUGCCUCCACAAGGUCGUUGGAGACCUGUGAAUAAUCUUUCCCUGAUUCUUACUGCAGUCAAACAAUUAUUGUCAGAUCCAAAUCCUCAUGAUCCACUAGAUUCAGCAAUUGCACAAGAAUAUAUUGCCAACAAAUCAUUGUUCAUCGAGAAUGCCAAAAAAUGGACACAACUUUAUGCUAUGGAGAACUCCUCAUCACGCCCAUCCAAACGCAAGAGUGUGGAAGAACCAAAUGGUGAUGAGAAAUCUAAACGUCAUCGUCGCGCGUCUUCCCAAUCGGAACCCCAAAAUAGAGAAGAUAGCUCAUCUGAAGACCCCACAGUUUCAACCUCGGAGCCGUCAAGUAAAAUUCCUUUGAAGCGGAAGCGAAAUACUGAUCCAGCCUGCGAGGAAGAUUCUCAACGCUCUCACGAUUCGCCUUUAUCAGAGGAUGCCAGUGUUCCAGAAAAACAAGAUAAGAAUUUCAACUCAAUCGACAACAGUCGAAAUAAAGUUUGAUUUCUAUUACUAAACGCAAGAAACAAAUUGCUGAAUUUUCAAUUUCAGAACAAACAUUUUUUUCUUCAUUUUCUAACCCGGAAUUUAACUUCAUGUAUGUGCUUUUCAAACUAUUCUAGUAUUAUUAAGUGAUGAAACAAGAUAUUGUAAUUUA